GUGGAUUGGAUAGGAUCCGAUGCAAUCAAAUCCAUUCUUAAAAUCUAAGGAUGGGUUGGAUUGAAUUUUUGUGGAUAAUAAUUUUAAUCAUGGAUCAUCCAAUUCAGAAAUUUUGAUUCCAAAUGCUCUCUAGUUCAUACAAUAAUUAAGCCUUCAUCUUCAGUUGCUUAUAUAAGGACUGCCAAGAUACAACAGAGAAUGUGAGUUUUAGUUAACUGUAAGAAACAAAUUCCAUAUCCACCAUGUACCUCAGGUAUAUCAUCCUGGUUUCACUUCUUUGUUUAAGCCUUCUUUGUUCAUCAAGCAACACUUAUGUUGAACAGCCGAGUGAAUUAAGCCACCACUCUGAUAGCCACAUUGUUUCCGUCCAAUCUCUAUUGCCAUCUACUGUUUGCAACCGUUCGCCACCAGUUUCCGGGAAAGCGACUACUCUAGAAGUGGUAAACAAGUAUGGGUCAUGCUCUCAACUCACACAAGGGAAAUCAAGCACUCCCUCUCUCUCCCAAAUUCUACUCCAAGACCAAUAUCGAGUUGAGUUAAUUCAUUCCAGGCGGCGCAACCAAUCAAUUAAGACACAAGAGGACUUUACCAUCCCUUCGAUAUCGGGUAAUACUGUUGGAACUGGCGGCAAUUACUUUAUUAAAGUGGGCUUAGGUACCCCGACACAGAGUGUUUCACUCAUAAUUGACACUGGUAGCGGCAUCACUUGGACUCAGUGCAAGCCCUGCCCAAAAAAUGGUUGCGCUAAGCAAGUAGAUCCCAUAUUUGACCCAUCCAAGUCCAAAUCAUAUAAGAGUAUUUCGUGCAGCUCAUCACUUUGCAGUCAAAUUAAUGGAGGCAAUUGCUCUUCCGAAAAAGCUUGUCCCGUAAGUUAUAGUUACGUCGACGGUUCUUCACUGUCCGGCUCCUAUGCAACAGAAAAGUUAGUCGUAGAUUCAGCAGACAACCAACUGCAAUUUACCAAGCCGAAUUUUAUUAUGGUUUGUGCACACAACUUCACUGGCGACGAUGAAGGAGUGGUCGGGAUAAUGGGUCUUGAUCGAAAUGGAUUAUCUGUUAUAUCACAAACAUCCUCUUUGUUCAAAAACUACUUCUCAUAUUGUCUGCCUGCUUUCUUCGGCUCCAGUACUGGAUAUAUAACUUUUGGCAAGACCAAUAGUUUCACAAACAAGGUGAUUAACUUCACACCAUUAACCACAGACUCUGAAACUUAUGAUGUUGAGAUAACGGGACUGAGUCUUGGCGGACAUAUACUACCGAUUGACAGUCAGGUUUUCAAGAAAGCUGGAGGGACUAUUGACUCGGGCACAGUCAUUUCACAUCUGCCACCCGCGGCUUACGCUGCUCUAAAGUUAGCUUUCCGUAAGAAGAUGUCGAAAUAUAAGAUGGUGAAACCGAGUGGCUUUCUAGAUACAUGUUACGAUUUUAGUAAGUAUGAUACCGUUACAAUACCAAAGAUGUCAAUAUUCUUUAAAGGUGGUGUUGAACUGAAGAUGGACGUGACAGGAAUUGUGAUCCCCUUCAAAGAAGACCUGACAGAAGUGUGCUUAGCCUUUAGUCCAAAUCCUACUGAAGAUGAUGGGGCUUUAAUUGGGAACAUUCAGCAACAAGGGAUGGAGGUGCACUAUGAUGUUGCUGGAAAAAGAAUAGGGUUUGGUCCCCGUGCUUGCUAAAAGAUUAUGUUGAGAAUCAAGCUGGCAAUAUGAGGUCGCAAAGUUUGUUAUAUUUAGUUAGUUAGUUAGUUAGUUGUUUUAUAAAAGUUAGUUAAGCAGUUAGUUUAUAACAGAAUGUAUAUAGAGCUUUGUAACAGAGCAGAAAAGUAGUUGAAUUUGAUAUUCAUUUUCCAGAAUUCACCUUCACG